CGGAGAGUUUAUUAAGGUGUUGUGGCCGCCACUGACAUCUUGUCUGAUCUUAAACUGCAGGCACUCUAAUUCUGACCUUAGUCUUUCGUUAGCAAUGCGCUUUUACGCCUCGUUUUCGCUGGCCAUUGGGCUUGUGGCUGCUAGCCCUUGCAAGCCACCAUCUUCCACCGUUGUCUCAGAUGUUAUUUCAUCAUCUGUUGCGACCGAGACUUCUAGUACUCUUACUGAGUCUGCUUCUUCCACGGUUGAUUCCACCGCGACUACCGCCGAGACCGAUGUAGCUGAAACCUCAACCUCGGCUCGUUCUACCGUAAUUGAGACUUCGACUGCAAUCGGUUCAACGAGCACCGAUUUCACUGAAGUCAGCAUCUCAACAACUGAGUCCUUGGUCGAGCCAACUUCUACUGCUACAACUUCUGAAGCCGCUACCUCAGUUGACACGACCACAGCCCUCACAACAGAGGCUUCAUCAGUCGAGACAUCUACAGCUGCCGCAACCACCACUUCCGAAGAAGCAGGCCCAACGGGCUACUUCCUCGUCGCGGGUGAAGGUCCAGCUCUCGGAGGCAAAGUCAAGUCCAACGGAGACACCUUUACUCCUAUGGUAUUCGGUGACCGGGGCUCGACUUUCAACCCCGUCCGAUUCCUAGUUGACGAGACCACCGGAGAGCUCCAGCAAGAUGGCGUGCCCGUCUGCGCAUACCAGCAGGUCGGGUUACCUUACGCCCUGAUUACGCGGUGCGAAAACGCCAAUCUCUACUACGGCAGUGUCCCCCUCAACUGUGCACAGUUCGAAGGUCCUGGCACCUCUAUCAGAUGCAGUGCUGUGAAAUUGGACUGCUGGCCAACUGGACCGGGCUCUUCCCAGGCGUGUACGAGGUCAAUGGACCCCGAUUGGGACACCUUCUUUAUCACUAAUAGUGGUGAUUAUAUCUGGUAUCUUAGCUCGGGGACUCUGCAGAAUGACUUCAUGACCACUGUUGAAGUGUUUGUUGAUCAUGUUGAGGUCAGCGCUCCCGUACAAACAUGAUUGACGAUCCGAAUCGAAGGGAAUUGAAAUUGGAUCCGAGACAGAUCGGGCUAGCCAUAUAGUACUGCAUUUUAUUCUCCACCAUUUGCCAUAAAGCUGUAGGGUAACCCAUUGACUAUCGUUCAUUCAUGAAAUCG